CACCUUCCCAUCCCAUACAAAUCAAAGAAAAUUAUCAAUCAAUGUGAAAGUCUUCUAAAGAAUCUGAGUAACAUCAAACCAUGGCUCCCAACAAAAAAGUCUUCAUCGUCGGCCCAGGCUUCAUCGGCUGGAAUAUCAUCGACCUCCUCGUCCCUGAAGGAUACUCCAUCGCCGGCCUAGUCCGCAGAAAAAAGCAUGCCGAUGGAAUUUCUGCCUCUGGAGCAACUCCCGUUAUGGGCGACCUAAACGACAAGGCCCUCAUCUCAUCUCAAGCUCAAGAAGCAGACAUAAUAUUCCACACCGCAACAGCAGACCAUCUACCCUCCGUCGAAGCAAUCCUGGACGGCAUCUCCGCCCGCGCCAAACAAGGCAAAGAAACAAUCUUCAUCCACACAUCCGGCACUUCAGUCCUAGACGACAACGCGUUGGGUGCUUUCAAAUCCACAAAGAUCUACCACGACGACAUCCCAUCCGAACUCGACAGCGUAGCAGACGAUGCUCCACAUCGACAAAUCGACCUAGCUAUCGUGAAAACGAAGAGUUCGGAACUCUUAAAAAGCAAAGCGAAGAUUAGUAUCAUGAUCCCACCACUAAUAUAUGGAUUCAAUCCCAAACAUCAAAGACUCUCGAUUCAGAUCCCGACGUUGACGAGAUGGGCUAUCAAACAUGGAUAUGCAGCGCAUGUGGGGAAGGGUCUGGCUGUUGAGUCCAAUAUCCACGUUUUGGAUCUCGCGAGGGCUUAUGUUGUUCUUUUGCACGCGAUGGAGAACGCUGGGUAUCAGGAUGGUUUGUUGGCUAAUCCGUAUUUCUUCUGUGAGACGACGGGUGAUGGUGAACCUUCUUGGAAGGAGGUUGCGGAGGUGAUUGGCGAGGCGUUGAAGAAAAAUGGGAAGAUUGAAGAUGCGGUGCCAAAGGAGAUGCCAGAGGAGCUUUAUGGGGAUCUGUUUGGGGAGUAUACGGGAGCUGUGACGGGGUUGAAUUCGAGGAGUAGGGCGAAUAGGUUGAGAGCUCUGGGUUGGAAACCUGUUGAAAAGGAUUGGAGGCGCAGCUAUCUUGAGGACGAGCUGCCAGUCAUUUUGAAAGAAGAUCAUUCGGGGUUUGGAGGGUAUUCUGGGACUGUGGCGAGCUAGAGCAGAGGUGGGGAACGAUCCUUUACCUUCCUAAAACCGAUUUGAGAUCUCCGUCGUACAUAUUCUCAACAUCAUGAAUCAAGUUGCUUUUCUGUUGGACGUGAAGGUUAUUGGUCAGUCAAAGCGCUUGCAAGCCAUGUCCACCGCAAUUGACAAGCGAGCCCCUGAGGUUCAGGGGUAGUUUGAAGUGGGCUUGUGUUUGCCGAAUACCUCAUUCGCCUCAGAGUAUCGAUUCUAAUUAAGGAAACUUACUUACAAAGUGUGACAAGAAGUUCAUAUCCCCCUGAUGUAGACCUUACUUUAGCACAUAC